AUGAGCAAUCAAACCCAGGCCCAGAUCACGAGACGUCACAUGAACCGCUUUUUCCAUUUCCAGAGCGGCAUGGUACCUCCUACUGGCCCCCUUCAGAACCUAACGAUUGAGUUACACGUCGCCUGCCUGCGAAAUGAUGCCGACAGAGUCACUCAGCUGAUGAGCAUGGGUGCUAAGCGAGAUGCUCUGAGCGAGAGCGGAGCGAGUGCACUGGAAGUGGCAGAGCAGCUGAAUCGCACGAACAUCGUCAAAUGCCUGAUGGCGGACGUUGACGUCGAAAAAGAGGGCGUGCUGGAACUGCUGUAUGCCAUCCGUCGCGGUCAGUCUACCGUGGUACGCGCGUUGAUGGAGAUGGGAGUCAAGCAGCAGUUGCAGGAUGAGCUUUUGUUCCGCGGUGUAUUCCUGAUGGCCUGCGCUAUUAGCAACCCCUUCGUAGUGGACGCACUCCUUAGAUACGGCCCCGGCCUGAACGUGGUGAACUUCGAGCAAAUCUUCGUCCGCAUUGCACGCACCACGAACAACCUUGAAACCGCCGAGUUUAUCCAUGAGAUCUGUGACGAGCAACGUCGUCGAGCGUCGAGGGCCGGCAGGGCCACUGGCCAGGUGCCUACCAACAACAGCCUCGACAGGUUGUUUAACCAAUUCAUUGAGAUGCCUGAGCCAUCGAGGGUCAAUGUCGUGGAGGAGGAGAGAGGCAAGGAUGGAUAUUGGUGA